AUGGCAAAUUAUUUCUUGUAUCCGGAGGAACACGAGACGCUGAACAGUUGGCUGCUGGAGUGGAACAUCAAAUUGGAUCAUCGGACGCGCAAUCAGUUCCGGGAUGCACUGCCCGUGGCCCGGCUCGUGGACAGUCUGCACAAGAAUCUGGUGGAUCUCAGCGUGUACAAGGCCAGCACCAGUGUGGCCGGCAUGCAAAACAAUUGGAAAAUAUUCAAAAUUCAUGUGUUGAAAUCACUGAAAGUCGACCUAUCCGACAUGGAUGUGGAGCACUUGGCCCUGGGCACCAAUGGAGCGAUUGAGCAGCUGCUCUUUUGCAUUAAGUACACCCAGCAUGAACGGCUCUAA